UCUCAGCUGUACCCAGUGUGGUGUCAGGAGGAGUCAGAGUGAAAGGACCACUAGGAGGAAAUGUUUCUGUUCACUGUUCAUACCCCAAAGGAAAUGAAAAUGUCGAAAAGUACUUCAAUAAAGGCAAACCUGAAACACAGCUUGUGAGACUGGAGGGCACAGAAAUGUGGCUCCAGGACAGCAGAUUCUCUCUGAAGGAUGAUGAGGAGAACCGUAACUAUCAGGAACCUGAGUGUGGAGGAUGCUGGGCUUUAUUGGUGCGGGGUGAAGAAGUGGGUCAGGGAUAUUCGGACAGAGGUUAACCUCGAUGUAGUGCAAGCUGAAGUGCAAGCUGUAACCACUGAAAAUGCUUUUGCCUCCCAAACUAUAUCAUCAGUCAGAAUGGGAACCACAGAACCACAGGACCAGCAAACCUUCAUUAGAGCCACCACACAGUCUGGAAAUUACACAGAACUUGAUGUGGUGUGUGGACAAUGUCACUCAGAUGACAAAAUCAUCCCGAAAAACACCUCUUUAUCCCCUAUCCAGAGCCCAGAUUCCAUCAUCUAUGCUAUUCCAACACCGAGAUGCAAUCGGACUCGUUCUCUUCCAUCCCACUGCAAACCUGCAGGAAUUCAGGGCUGCUCUGGAGAAACCCAACUUCAACAUCCAGAAGCAGUCGUGUAUUGUGCUAUUCCACAGUCUGGAACCUGUCCACGACCUCAAAGUUAUGCACCUUUCACUUCAACACGACCCGUUUCCAUACACGUUUCCAAACUCUACCUUGAGCAGAGAUCACAUGUGCUCAGUGACACUCCUGCUAUUUCAGAGGAGUCACAUGAUGUCUGUGCUACUGUCAAGUGGCAAUGAUAACACUUACAUGCUAUUUCCUUCAUUUCUAAACUAAAUGUAUCUUUUAUAGUUAAUUACAGCACAUCAGUUU